GGCGUGCGGAGCCGGACCGGUCCCCCGGCGGCCGGGAGGGCGCACGCCGCCGUCGCAAACUGCUGACGUGGGCCGGCCGGGAAGGGGGUCGGGGGUGUGGGUCGCCAUGGCGGUGGAUAUCACGCUGCUGUUCCGGGCCAGCGUCAAGACCGUGAAGACGCGCAACAAAGCCCUGGGAGUGGCGGUGGGCGGCGGGGCUGACGGCAGCCGCGACGAGCUGUUCCGCCGGAGCCCCCGGCCCAAGAGCGACUUCUCCAGCCGGGCGCGGGAAGUGGUAAUGUCACCUGAGAUAGCUUGUGGCGUGGUGGCUUUGAGCAUGGACUCUGGGCUCCCCUACCUACUGAUUUCACACAUUGGCAAACUGAGAGAUUUUCUCCUGGAACACAGGAAAGAUUACAUUAAUGCUUAUAGCCACAUCAUGUCUGAGUACGGGAGGAUGACAGACACAGAGCGAGACCAGAUAGACCAGGACGCUCAGACGUUCAUGAGGACCUGCUCUGAAGCGAUUCAGCAACUGCGAACACAAGCCCACAAGGAGAUACACUCCCAGCAAGUGAAGGAGCACAGGAGUGCCGUUUUGGAUUUCAUUGAAGAUUACUUGAAAAGAGUUUGUAAACUUUACUCAGAACAAAGAGCCAUCCGAGUUAAGCGAGUGGUGGAUAAGAAGAGACUAUCUAAGCUGGAACCGGAACCAAGGACAAAGACCAGGGAAUCCGUGUCUUCGGAGAAAGUUUCACGGAAUCCUUCGCAAGACUCUGAAGAAAAAUCUGUCACCGAAGAAUAUCCAGAAAAGGUUCCGGCUGAAUCCCAACCCGAAUUGGGCACGUGGGGAGACGGCAAAGGUGAAGACGAAUUAUCCCCAGAAGAAAUACAGAUGUUUGAACAAGAGAACCAGCGUCUAAUUGGUGAGAUGAACAGCCUGUUCGAUGAAGUGAGGCAAAUCGAAGGGAGAGUGGUUGAAAUUUCCAGGCUCCAAGAGAUAUUCACAGAGAAGGUUUUACAACAGGAAGCCGAGAUCGACAGCAUUCACCAGUUAGUUGUAGGGGCGACUGAGAAUAUCAAGGAGGGCAACGAAGACAUCAGAGAGGCCAUCAAAAACAACGCCGGCUUCCGAGUGUGGGUGCUCUUCUUCCUGGUGAUGUGCUCCUUCUCCUUGCUCUUCCUGGACUGGUACGACAGCUAGUCUGCCCUGCUCGCUCCUGGCGCACGGGGCGCUGUCGAGGGUCUCCGGCAUCGGACCAGGGCUGUGCCCAGAUCCUACCACGUUGGGGGGAGGGGGCGGUGGCAGAGCUACGUGCUCCCACAAAAGGGACACCCAGACCUGUGGUCUUAGCCCGUUUAGUAGCUGAAAAAGAAACUAAUGAACACAGAUUGACAGUGGACCGCGUGGCACUCCUGAGGCAGGGUGGAGGGGGGGGGGGUCGUUACUGGCUGCACCCAAACUGGCGGCCGAUGUGGAGGGGCUGCCCGGAGACGGGGCUCAGGGAGGCACCGACCUGGCCCUUCCAGUGGCUUAGGGAAGAGUGCUGGGUGAUAACUUCUCACGGCAAGCGACCAUCACUUAGUUUCCUGUGGCUUCUUGUCUGCCUGAGCCAAGUGCUGCAGAGUCGCUACGUUGUAGAAAACUCGCCUUUGCCUCACAAAUAUAAUAAAUGCAACUACAGUUA